AUAGAGAAAUAAGAAAUGAGUCUCACGUUGCAUGGGUGACAUCACUGGCUUUUGGCUCAGCGCUCUGUAUGCUCGAUCUGUAGGCUUCGGCCAAGGCUGCAGGGCUCGGUGUUUGAACAAGGAAAGAUUCCCAGGUAUACAGAAGAUUGGAUUUAUUUGGGUUAAAAACGGUGAAAUGAGAUUUCUAAAGCUUGGGGACUCCAGCUCGCCUUCUGUUGCACUUGAUCUCUACAAAAUGGGUGAGUUAUUCCCAUUAAAGAGAAAGGGAGUGAAAAUUUAAGGAGAAAAAAAAAUAUGUCUGAAAAUAUAACUGCUGAUGCUGGGGAUACGAUUCGUAUGAAGCUGCUGAGCUAAAAAUCUCAGCUCCGACGUGGAGAUCGGGCCAUAUGGCAGAGAAAUGGUGCAGACCGAAAGCUGUUGACAACAGUUAGGGGCUGCUUUCCUCUCCCCGUGUAAGGUGUGUAGCUCCCCACCACCACCCCCUCCGCCCCUCCGCCCCGGUUUGUUUUGGUUCGGUUUCCCCCGACCUCCCUCCCCUCCCCGCUCCUCAGCAUCCUCUCCGCCAGCCGUAGCCCUGCCCGCCUGCCUUCAUCUUGCAGAUGGCUAACGUGCCGCCGUGUUAGGAAAACUGUGCACAACACAUCCCGGCUCCGGGGACGGAGGAAGCUUUUCAGAUCCCAGCGGAAGGGGGGGGCAGCAGCGUGUGUGUUGUGUGUGUGUGGAAGAAGGAUGCCGGGGCCGAGGGCAGCCCCCCGUGCUGCCUAGCGGGCGGAGCGCGGCCGGCGCCGGGUCCUGCCGGGCUGCGGCUGCUCCCGCCGCCUCUCCCCGGCCCGGGAGCCGGGAGGCUGCCGGAGCGCUGUCCAGGACCGCCGGGGAAGGAAGGGAGCGCGGCGUUGGGCUGCCUGGAUGAAAGCGCCGGCGAAUAAAGCAGGCGAGCGAAUGGCAAGGCUGGCAGAGAGAAGCCGAGAUGUUUCCGAAGCCAAGAUGCCAGUGACUGUCAGCGAAGUCUGCUGAGGGAGAGACCCGUGCGUGCCCGCGUUUCCAGAGCCAGCCGGGGAGGGUAUGCUUUAACCACGGUUUCAAACAGCAGCAGCAGCAGCAGCAGCCAGCAACAACAACAGAUUACUCCCCCCUCUUGCUCCCUCCCCCUCGACCCCGCUUUAAACCCAAGCAAGUGACCGACCAUUCAGACGAUGAUGCUCUUGCUGAGCCGCUGACAAAAGACAAGUCACCCAUUCCUGUAAACGGGACAACUGGCUGCUUGCAAGUGGGAGAUGUCGAGCUGUUGAACUUUUCUGCUCUGUGAUGAUGCUGUGGUGAGCUUGCUGAUCUAAAAGCCAUCUCUUCUGGAUUUCUGAGCUGGCCGGAUUGAAAGAGAUUAAUGGACUGAUCAGCCAUCAGGUUUCUUCAGGGGGAUACAUCCCUUCAGCCCCUGUCACUCGGGUGCUCGUGGUGAGGGGAGCAGGACAUCUUUGUGUAGGUGGGUCACUGGCUCGCUCCCAUUGGAGGUGCAAGGCUGUGUUUCUCCUCGCCAGGUCUCCUCUGUAGAGGAGGAGAGGCAGAUGAGACUCCAGGACUGCCUCCAGGGCAGAACUUUGUAGCGCUCUCAGCAUCCCUCUGCAGUGUGGAUGUGAGCCACGGGAGUUGGGGAUGUUUGAGGCAGACUCUGCCAAGUGACACCUAACUCCAGCUGCUCUGGAGGUUUUUGCGUGGUCUCACACCCAAGGGCUUUGCCUGUUGUGAAGAUGUCCAUGGUGUUUCUGUGAAGCUGAGGUAUGGCUGCUGGAAGGUUACUGCUGUAUGCUGGCCUGUCUUUAGCUCUGUGUGCCCUGGGCAUGCUGGCUGUGGCAAUCUGCUCUGACCAUUGGUACGAAACUGAUGCCAGGAAGCACAGAGAGAGGUGCAAGAGCAUCACCACAAAGAGAAAUGAUCCUGGCUUCAUUUAUAACUCCAACAACAACCUGCCUCUCAGGGCCAGCAGGUCUAGGUUGGACCGCUGGGAAGGGAAACUCCUCUUGGCAAGAAACAGGAGGCAGAUCUUUGCUAUGAGCGCAGUCGACGAGUGCAACAGACAGUACAACUCGACCAACAUGGGGCUCUGGAGGAAAUGCCACCGACAGGGAUUCGACCAGGAGCUGGAGGAGCUGAUUGCCAAAGGAGCAAUUGAGCGGUGCUCGUACAUCAAGUACCACUACUCCUCAGCGACCAUUCCCAAGAACCUCACCUACAACAUCACCAAGACAAUCCGCCAGGAUGAGUGGCACGCCUUGCAUCUGCGCAGGAUGACAGCUGGCUUCAUGGGCAUGGCUGUGGCCAUCAUCCUCUUUGGAUGGAUUAUCGGGGUGCUGGGGUGCUGUUGGGAUCGAGGCCUUAUGCAGUAUGUGGCGGGGCUUCUCUUCCUCAUGGGAGGAACCUUCUGCAUCAUUUCACUGUGCACGUGCGUGGCUGGAAUCAACUUUGAGCUCUCCCGCUACCCCCGCUACCUGUAUGGACUUCCCGACGACAUCAGCCACGGCUAUGGCUGGUCCAUGUUCUGUGCGUGGGGGGGCCUGGGCCUCACUCUUAUCUCUGGCUUCUUCUGCACUCUGGCCCCUUCUGUCCAACCUGUCCCCAGGACCAACCACCCCAAAUCUAGACCUGAGAAUGGGACAGUGUGCUAAAACAAAUAGCAAACAAAUACACACACACACGAUACAUAUAUAUAUAUAUAUAUGUCUGUGUAUGCCUAUACAUGCAUAUAUAUGUAUAUAUAAUUAUAAAUAUAUAUAAAAUCUCAAAUUAAUGCCAGUGCCAAGGUAGAGCUGAGUCCAACACGGCACUCACAUCUCCACUGGACUCUGUGUUGCUUCAUUCUUUCUCACAGUAAUGGGAAAGCUUUUCUCUCACAUGGCUCUUCCAUCCAACUUUUAACUUCGGCAUCAUACCUUAGAGGUCAAAUGAACCUACAGUUGCACCUACCUACUGCCAUUUGGGAAGGGGAACAGGGGAUCCAUAUGGGGAAUCUGGAACCAGAAUCUGCACAGGACAUGGUGGGGGUGGGGGCGCGGGGGGGAAAAUGACACAAAAAGCGUGUCCAUUGCAGCCAGAAGGGAAAAUACAAACAGCAAGCAAAGGAGCAAAUGAAGCAUUUGAGCCACCUCAACAACGUACCUCCUCAAGGCCACUAUCAGAAACCCACCCACUUUCUUUUUCUUUCUUAAAACAAAAUGACAGAAAGCCUGUCCUGUCACUGGUUUUGGGGUUUUGUUGGGUUUUU